AAAAACAAUCAAAGUUGAAGAGUUUUAAAAUGCACUCAAACACUUCAAUUUGCUUAUAUGUUAGCUAAAUUUGAAGAGUUUUCCCUUAAGUACUCCAUGCAUAGCUUAAUAAAGAGAAAAAGGAAAUUAAGAAAGUGAUUAAAACAAACCAUAGAUGUUUCAUUGUGCUAGAUCGAAGGCUGAUUCAAAGGAAACUGACAGCAAGUUGAAGAGCAACAAUGCAGCGGCUGGAAAACAAACUAAGAAGGCUACAAAGGAUCCAAACGAGCCGAAGAGGCCUGCCGGUGCUUUCUUCGUCUUCAUGAGACUAGUCAUCAACAAUUUGUUUUUGGGCACUCUGUUUUACAUGAUGAAAACAGAGUAAAACAAAGAAGACUUAAGGAAACAGCAUACGAAGAGCGGAUGAUGAACAUGGCGAGAUUAUACACGAACGACCGGUUUGAGAAUAUCAGAGAUUGGGAUUUCAAUUCCGGCAUCAGAUUUCCUCGAAAUCGUCCAUUUACUUUCCGCGGAAGUUGAUCUUCCGGCCAGCUGCGUAAAUGUAACAUGUGUUCAGAAGCCAAGCCAGAUUCACCAAAACUCAUACCAUAGAGACUCCUUCUGCACUCAAAGAAUCUAGUCAUCCCCUUCAUCUGGGUGGUGUGGAAGUUUCGAGAACAGACGGUGAUGAUAAGGAAGAUUAGGAGGAAGAGUUUUGCUGCCGAUAGGAAUUGAAAUUGUUCUAAUUGUUUCAACUCUAUUUUAAUUGUUCUUUGUUUGAGAGUUGGUUGAUUGGAGUUCUACUUUGUG